GUGGGAGCUAAAUUGGCAUCAAUUCUAAUGCGAUAUCCGCCACACACUCUUAGCGUAUGCACGCUGCCUCAGUUAAAGGCAAAGAUACCCGAAUUCGAACUUGUUCUUCAGGACCCUGUUCAAUUUAAAGAAUUAUACCGCUAUUCGUUCGGAUACGUCAAAAGCAAGGGACAAAAGUGUUUGGAUGUUGAUGUAUGUUACCGAUGACUGAUUUUCUUUUCCAUAUCAGCAUUCAUGUAUUAACCAACAGACAUUCAAAAUGUACACAGACUGCGAUUAUUAUGUGGGGACUACUUUUGGGCAAUCAGUCUUCCCACGUUGAAUCAUUCGCAACAUUUUUGACUGAAAAGCAACCGGUGAAAGUUAUCAACCGUGACCAGUGGCAAAGCUUUCUGGAAUUUGCCACCACUGUUUCAGACGACUUUCAUGAUUACGAUGAGAUGUCUGCGUGGCCUGUUCUUUUUGACGACUUUGUUGAAUGGAAGCGAGAGCGGCUUGACCCUAUGCAGAGUUAACUGAAAUUACAAAUCGACCGGAGAUCAGGUUUUGUUUGACACAAAUAUUGUAUUCAGUAUCCCUUGUUCAGAAUAAAAAUGCCAGGUAUACCAUGUUAGCCUCUACUCA